AUGUACCAAACCUUUUUAGUCUGCCAUAUAUUUGGUUUUUUCGCCGCAUUAUUGGCUCUGUGGUUUCAUGUUCAAGCACUGAAGCCGAUUACUGUUUUGUCGGCUACCUUCAUAGCAGUCGAUUAUUUGCUUGUAUAUUUGAAGACUUCUAUCAGGUCUGCUGUCUUUACCUCUCUCCCUGGUGGUCUAACAAAGGUUGAGAUUGAUCGGAUAGGAGAGGGCUGGAUAGCUGGUCAACAUGUCUACCUUCGAGUCUUCAAAGGGCGUCACUCAUUUGAGAAACAUCCUUUUACUAUUGCAAACGCGCCGGCCUCGCUUUCCCCGACUGGACGAAACACCCUUGUUCUGAUAGCCAAAGCAGCUGGAGAUUUCACCAGGAAUAUCCAUCGAGUGGGUUACGCUGAGGCAGCUUUGGUGGGCGGAGACCUAGAGAGUCGCAAGGCUUCAACGGAUGAAAAACAUUUUCAGGCAUUGUGUGAAGCGGCUUCAGACUGUCGCCUCGCCGUGGCGGUUGAAGGUCCAUAUGGAACGUCUUACUUAGAUAUGUGCGAUCACGAGACAGUGGUACUGGUCGCAGGAGGUAGUGGGUUCACAUACUGUAUGUCAACGUUUGAACACAUCAUUGGGAAUGCCAUGAAGGGUGUUGGCUUUACCAAAAAAAUAUUUGUAGUAUGGACACUGCGUGAUCUUGACAUGGUACAAGUAUUUGCAAGUGCUUUAAACAAAGCCUUAAAGUGCGCACAACAGCUUCGAAUUGAAGUAGUUGUUCGGCUUUACGUCACGACACCACUGAAGCAUGGUGACAUGAACCCGGUUCCAGGUGCCCAGAUCACACCAAAUCGGGUAGAUCUUAUGGGUGUUCUAUCUGAAGCCCUUGAAAGCACCAGCUGGAGUAUUGACGCUCGAGGGGAAACUCAAGGUUGUGGUUUAGCAGUUGGAGUUUGUGGUCCAGAGGGACUCGUUGUUUCCGCACGCAGUGCUAUCAGUGCUGCUGACUCAACUUUGGCAGCCAAGGCCGGCGGAAUUCAAUUUCAUUCGUAA